AUGACCCGCCGAAGAAACUUUGAAGGGUGCUGGACGUGCCGUUCCCGCAAGGUCAAGUGUGAUCUCCAGAAGCCUCACUGCCAGCGUUGCACCAAGGCUGGGUUGGACUGUGCUGGCUUCGACAUCAAGCUAGCGUGGGCUCCGCCAUUGACGGUGUCGUCCCACGACAGGUCUCUUGUCAGCUUGGGGGGCGACGAAGACAAGAGCGACUUCCAGCGGAGAAACGUGGAGCUCGUCAAGUUUCCUCCACACAUGCUCUACACCACCUACAGCGAGUUGAACAGGCGGCUCGACCGGCUCGAGGCCCAGGCACUGGCCAAAAGGACGGGACGAGUGGGUCCCUUUGGCGUGUACGACGCCAGACGGCGUGCCAGGCGCCAGAAGGGCGCUGGUGGCGUUCUGUCGGUGCAUUUGCCCAUCAGAACCGUGCAAGUACACACCAAGGCGUCUGGACAUCACACCAAAGCGAGUGCGGACAGAAUCACCACCACCACCACCACUACCACACGCUCCGACACCAGCUCGUCGCCACCGUCGCCACCGUCGCCACCGCUGCCGCCCUACAAGCGAGAGUCCAUAUUCUCACGGAACAACAACUCGUGGGUGCACUACGAGCUCAUGGAGCACGCCAAGCUCACGAUCGUGGCCAUCAAGGGAACAGCCCACCGGUUCACCGAGCAGAACGUGUUGCACAUCUUGUACCCCAAGUUCUUUCCCAACCUCGACAGCGACGACGACUGGAUGGCAGACAUCCGCAUCACCCACAAGCUCUUCUUCAUGGACGAGCACGCGGACUUGUGGCUCAAGGGAGCGUUCAAGGUGCUUGCGUGUGCCGUGGGACCCGACUUGUUCACCUUCAACAGGGUGGCGUUCUCGCACAACUACAUCGACACCCUCGUGAUUCCGUACUUGAUGAGUGUGUUCUGCGAAUUCAUCUGCUGUGAGUUCACCAACUGGAACUCCAGCGACUUGCACUUGACCGACAAUUCGUCUCGUGGGUUCAGCAGGAGCGCCUUGCGCAAGAACAUCAAGCUUGCUAUUGUCUACUUGGUGUUGGGGCUCUCGUCGUUCAAGAUGUCACUGCGAGCACAGACACCCCCUGGCGACCAUUUGGAGUUGCCCAUGGACGACCACCUCAAGAUGAGCGUGGAGUUGCGCAAGUUGAGCAUCUCCAUCUUGAACUACCACCUCGACGAGUACGACAACAACAGCCUUGAGCUCGACCAGUGCGAGCGCGACGACCAGCGCUUGGAGUACGAGGAUAUGCUCCUUCUUGCAGUGAUCAUGCAGAUCGAGCUCGACAACUGCUUCAGCGUGUACGAGAACUUCGAGUUGAUCUACGCUAUCGGCGACUACAUCGUCAAGAACAAGUACACCAAGGCGCGCAUGACCCACUUCCGCCGGCUCUUGAUCAACAUGUUCCGCAUCAUGUACAUGUUCUUUGAAAGCACCCAGUCGGUGAACAUGUUCAACUACGCCAUCAGCGAGGGCGACGAGAACGCAAACUACCGCGACUUGAGCGAGAACUACGACUUGGCUGCAGCCAUGGCAGGGGCCCCCAAAAAGCGCAAGGUCGAACGCUUCGUCCCCAAAGCCCAUUUCACCACCUCUGUCGACAUGGACACCCUUCACAUGAUGUACGGUCUUCCUGGCUCGCUUCUCGACCUCUUCCACGAGAUCGUACACUUGACCAAUCACAAGAACAUCUUCCAGAGGAAACGGGUGUUCCCUCGCAAUUUCCCCAAGAUCUGUGCUGAAAUCGAGGACAAAUUGAUUGGAUGGAGGGUAGAGCACUACUGGGACCUCGACCUUGAAAACAACCCCAUGCACCGGUGCUUGGACCUCGGGAUCCUGGCGUUCCACGAGGCCUUGAUUGUCUACCACAAGAGGUUGAUCAAAGAGCAGGUCUCCGGGCCCGCGUACCAGGCACAUGUACGAAAAGCCAUUGGUUACUUGCAGGAAAUGACCCGUCUCAGCGACCAGAACAACAUCAAGUUGAGACCCACUUUCUGGAUCCUCUUAGUAUGUGGAAGCGAAGCCACAGAAAAGGAGGACCAGAAGCUGAUCGAGGCGCUCUGGAAGACGCCUGGAUUCAGCCAGUUCAAUUACUGGAGAGGAAAGCAGAUUUUGUAUGAAAUCUGGAAGAGAAGAGACCUUGGCGAAGAGUUUGGGUUCAUGGAUAUGGUUCGAGAGUGGGACGUGGUGUUGAGUUUGGGAUGA